AUGCCUCUUUCGGUUCUCCGAUUAUAUGACAUCCCGACAAUAUCGGAACUGUACCGAGAUGUCAGCCUUGGUCAGAGGCCUACUGAUCGGACUCCAGUGCAGUACCUCAAUGAUAUUGUCUCCACCGUUCGCUAUGAUAUCACCAAACUUGACGUUGACUGCAUCGUGAAUGCUGCCAAUAGCUCACUGCUUGGUGGUGGUGGCGUCGAUGGUGCUAUCCACCGCGCCGCCGGCCGCGAGCUUGUCAGGGAAUGUGCCACUUUGAACGGAUGUGAUGUUGGUGACGCCAAAAUCACUUCUGCAUACCGGCUGCCCUGUGAGAAGGUGGUGCACACUGUCGGCCCAAUCUACGACAAAAAGUACAGCGAGGAUUCUGAGAGCCCCGAGACCCUGCUUCGCUCUUGCUAUCGCCGCAGCCUUGAGGUGGCUGUCGAAAAUGACAUGACUUCGAUCGCAUUUGCAGCUAUCAGCACCGGUAUCUAUGGCUACCCCAGCAAAUUGGCUGCGAUGGCUGCUGCCGAUGAAGUGCGCAAGUUCCUGGAACUGCCCGAGAACAAGGACAAGCUGGAACGAGUGAUCUUCUGCAACUACGAGAUCAAGGACGAGAUGGCUUACAAGAGGGUUCUUCCGAAGGUAUUCCCACCCACGGAGGAAGACCUGGCCUCGGACGAUGAGUCGGCCAACGAGGGAGAUAGAAUCUCGGAGAAAGGUUUUACUCCCAAGGAAGACUUAGCUCAUCAAGAAGAAGUGGCCGCGAAGGGAGAUUCGGACAACAUGGAAGAUGUGGCUCCCAAAGAGGACCUGACUGACAAGAACAACUCGGACUCUGUCGAAGACGCGGCUUCCAAUCACGACCUGCCUCCCAAGGAAGACCAAGCUGGCAAGAAUGGUGUACAUUCCGAGAACGAUGUGUCCGCCACGGAUUAA